AUGUUCCAUCCGAAACAAAAUUUAAGACCAAGACACAAAGAAAUCACUCAUCAUUGUCUUCAUACCCUUUUUUUCCCAACAAUCAAAAAGAUUUUUUUUUUAAAAAAAGGAAGAAGAAAAAGUAAAAUCUUGAAACCGUAGCGGCAACAGCACUAGCCCAGAGAUGUUUGGUGGUAUUCAAAGCACUUGAUCCUUUCUUCCCUCUGUCCUCUUCCACCAUUUCCACCGUUUCCAAAUUGUUAUCCCCGUUUUGCCCCCAAUCUUCUCCUGAUUCCCCAACAUACCCUUCCUCCCUCGACAAACUCACCGAUAAAACCCAACCCCCUUUGCCACCACCUUUCCUCGACUUCACAGGACACAGAGUUUGACCACCCGAAAAUCAAGAAAUCGAACACACAUUUUCAUUUUCAUCAACAAAACAUUUCUGGGUCUUUACUGAAAUGAGGACGGAACUGUUUUGUUGCUAAGAAACAGGCCACCAUGUCAUGAGGCCCUGAUCAACCAUUUUUGAGCUUCGAAAUGAAGAUAUGGAACUUGAGCUUAAAUUCGAGCUUUCCAACGAUGAAGUCGUGCCAAAGAAUAAUCUGAGAUCCAUGGCUGCCGUUCAAGCUAGAGUUUUUUUUUUUUUUUUUUGAAUUUUUAGUUUUAUUAUAACUCAAUUGUCGUUUUACUUUAUUUUAUAUUUAGGGAAAUUUUAACCAUUUAAUUACGUGGAUAAUAGGUGGAAAAUUGGCUGACAUGGCAUGCCCUGUCAGCUUCCCGUUAGUGACAUAACGGCUGAGCGACCAUUUUCUGAAAUUUUUCUAAUGACCAUAAUUAAAUUGAUAAAAUAAAUUUUAAAGUGAUCAACAUCGGACGAUUCUGUUUUAGGGUGAUUAACGGGAAAAUUUACCCAAAAAUAUAUUCCUUUAUUUUAAGAUAAAAAACCUUUCCAGAUUUUUUUCUCCAAAAAAAUACCUUUGCAGUUUUAGAGUGCGCCCGCAUGUACCACAAAAAAAAGAAAAAAAAAAAAAAAAGAGCGCGCCCGCCAUCGAGGAUAUAUAACCAAGUCACUCCACUCACUCUUUUACGAAAUGCUUUUCGCAGAUUAAACUCAGUAACAGCGAAUGGCGUUUAACGACUUUUUCGCCGGAGAAAUAGCAACUGAGCUUCUAAAACAGUUACUCUCCAUCUCACGCAAGUCAUGCCUCUGCAAAUCCAGUGCGGACAAUCUCAUUACUAGCAUCGAAGAACUCCUUCCCAUCAUCAAUGAAAUCAAGUACUCCGGCGUGGAACUCUCCGCCAUUCGUCAAUCUCAACUCGACCGUUUCUCCGAGACUCUUCGCGGCGGGCUCGAAUUGGCCCGCAAAGUCCUGGCCUCCGGCCGUUGGAACGUCUACAAGAAUCUCCAGUUGGCCCGGAAGAUGGAGAGGUUAGAGAAACAAGUUUCGAGAUUCGUUAGCGGGCCGAUGCAGGCUCACUUGUUGGCCGACGUUCACCACAUGCGCUUCGAAACGAUGGAAAGGUUCGAUCGGUUGGAAGGCCGAUUGGAGCAGAGGCUCAAUUCGAUGAAGAUCGGUGCCGGGGGGUGGGUGGAAGAAGCAGUUAAGAGAAUGGAAGUUGAAGAGGAGGCUGGUUUGGGAAUUUUUAAUGGAGUCGGCUUGGAUUUAGGGAAGAGUAAGGUGAAGAAAAUGAUAAUCGGACGAGAUGAUUUGAACGUUGUUGGAAUUUGUGGUAUUGGAGGAUCAGGGAAAACUACGUUGGCUAAUGAAAUUUGUAGAGAUAAUCAAGUUCGAAGUUACUUCAACAACAGAAUUUUGUUCUUAACUGUAUCACAAUCACCGGAUCUGCAACAGUUAAGGGCAAGAAUAUGGGGAUUUCUUACAGGAAACGAGGCCAUGGGUUAUACCAAUAACCUGUUUGUUCCACAAGGGAAGCUACAGUGCGAGUGGGGAAGCGGACCGCGAACUCUAGUUGUUUUGGACGAUGUCUGGUCCCUUUCCGCACUUGAACAACUAAUUUUCAGGAUCCCAACAUAUAAAACUCUGGUCGUUUCAAGAUUUAAGUUCCCGACACCUGUUGUUAACGAAGUUUAUAAUGUAGAGUUGUUGAGGGAAGAUGAAUCAUUGUCCCUUUUUUGUCACUCUGCUUUCGGGCAAAAAUGGAUUCCCCCUACUGCCAAUGAGACUUUGGUCAAGCAGAUUGUUCAUGAGUGCAAAGGACUUCCUUUAGCACUUAAAGUGAUCGGAGCUUCGUUGCGAGACCAACCUGAAAUGUAUUGGGCCAGUGCUAAGAAAAGGCUAUUGCGAGGAGAACCGAUCUGCGAGUCUCAUGAAAACAAGUUGCUGGAGCGGAUGGCAAUAAGCGUGGAAUACUUGAACAAAAAGGUUAAGGAAUGUUUCUUGGAUUUGGGAUCAUUUCCAGAAGAUAAAAAAAUUCCCCUUGAUGUUCUCAUUAACAUGUGGGUUGAGAUACAUGACAUUGAUGAGGAGGAAGCAUUUGCCAUUCUUGUCGAGCUUUCUGAUAAGAAUCUACUCACUUUGGUGAAAGACCCACGGGUUGGAGAUGCGUACAGUAGUUAUUAUGAAAUUUGUGUUACUCAACAUGAUGUGUUGAGAGACCUUGCUCUUCAUCUCAGCAAUCAAGGGGAUGUGAACGAGCGAAAGCGGUUGCUUAUGCCUAGAAGAGAUACUGAACUCCCCAGAGAAUGGGAAAGAAACACAGACCGGCCAUUCAAUGCUCAGAUAGUUUCAGUUCAUACAGGAGAAAUGAGGGAAAUGGACUGGUUUCGCAUGGAAUUCCCAAAGGCUGAAGUACUCAUCCUGAAUUUUUCCUCCAAUGAAUACUUCUUGCCUCCUUUCAUAGACGACAUGCCCAAGCUUAGGGCACUUAUUGUCAUAAAUUAUGGUACAAAUGAGGCAAUAUUUGAGAAUUUUUCAGUCUUCACCAAUCUGGCAAAUUUGCGAAGCCUAUGGCUUGAAAAAACGUGGGUUCCUCAAUUGACCAAUCCAACUGUUCACAUGAAAAACUUGCGGAAACUAUCUAUGGUUCUUUGCAAGGUUAAUAACAGCUUUAAUCCAUCAGUGAUAGACCUGCCCCUGAUCUUCCCUCGUUUGUCGGAGCUCAUUAUUGAUCAUUGUCAUGAUUUGAUUAAGUUGCCAUCGAGCAUUUGUGAGGUGAAUUCACUCCAGAGCCUGAGCAUAACCAACUGCCACCGACUAUGUGAAUUGCCUGCUGAUUUGGGUAUGCUGAAGAAACUACAGAUACUUAGGUUGUAUGCUUGUCCAGAGCUGAAGAUGCUACCUCCCAGAAUAGGCGAGCUUAUUGGGUUAAAAUACCUUGACAUUUCACAAUGCUUUAACUUGAGGUGUCUACCUGGGGAGAUAUUUCGAUUAGCAAGCCUUGAAAAGAUAGACAUGAGGGAAUGCUCACAGAUUGUGAGCCUACCACCACAAACCGCUUUAUCCAACAUGAAGUCACUGCGCCGAGUUAUCUGCGAUGAUGAAGUUUCUUGGCAAUGGAGAUACCUGGAGAAGACCAACCCAAACCUUUAUGUUCAAGUCGCAGAGAAAUGCUAUAGCUUGGACUGGCUUGAUGGCUGAUGGUAAAACAACAUAUUCGCAUAUCAUGUAUCUCUGUUAAUGUAGAUAUCGAUGUGUAUGUUUUUAAUAAUGCAAUCUUUUUAUGAUUCUCUCUGGUCUUCUUGAUGUGAUAUAGUUUCAUCAUUAAAAAAAAUUGAGCCGUGAAUAUAUUUUAGAAAAAUACGAAAAA